AUGGCAGCCGAAGUCGCCUCUCGAAAAUGCCUGGGCACCGACUGUGGGAAGGAUGCUGGAUCGCUUCAGUGCCCGACAUGUCUGAAGAUGGGCCUCGACAGCUUCUUCUGUUCGCAGGACUGUUUCAAACGAAGCUGGAGCGACCACAAAGCUCUCCACAAAAAGAGUAAUUUCCUCACCAACCUUUUCCCUCCAAAAGUAGUUUCUGAACCAGACCCAGCAACCGGACUAUUCAACCCUUUCCCUUCCUUCGGGUUCACCGGAUCCCUCCGGCCUGUCUACCCUCUAUCGCCCAUGAGGACCGUGCCCAAAUCCAUCCCCCACCCGGACUACGCGAAGGAUGGCAUACCCCGCUCGGAGCAGAAGUUUGUUGGCCGACACAACAUCACUAUUCUGAACAAGGCGGAGCAGGAGGGUAUGCGCAAAGUAUGUCGACUAGCACGAGAGGUGCUUGACAUUGCUGCGCGGGAAUUGAGGCCCGGCGUCACCACCGAUUAUAUCGAUGAGGUUGUCCACAAAGCGUGCAUUGAGCGCAACUCUUAUCCUUCACCCCUUAACUACGUUCACUUUCCCAAGUCGGUCUGCACGUCCAUCAACGAAACGAUUUGCCACGGUAUUCCUGACCAACGGCCGCUUGAGGAUGGCGAUAUCAUCAACAUUGACGUUACCUUGUAUCAUGAAGGUUUCCAUGGAGAUAUCAACGAGACAUACUAUGUGGGAGAGAAGGCGCGAUCGAAUCCAGAUGCCGUGCGGGUCGUGGAGACGGCACGGGAGUGCUUGGACAAGUCCAUUGAGAUUGUCAAGCCGGGAAUGCUGUUCCGGGACCCUGGAAAUGUGAUUGAAAAGCAUGCCAAGAGCCGGAACUGCAGUGUAGUCAAGAGCUACUGCGGUCACGGUAUCAACCAACUUUUCCACUGCGCGCCGAAUGUUCCCCAUUAUGCCAAAAACAAGGCGGUAGGAACGGCGAAGCCCGGCAUGUGCUUCACGAUCGAGCCUAUGAUCAAUAUUGGUACGCACCGCGACCGCCUAUGGCCGGAUGACUGGACUAGCACGACGGCGGACGGUUCGUUGUCCGCUCAAUUUGAACACACGCUUUUGGUGACAGAAGACGGUGUCGAAGUCCUAACCGCGCGUCUGCCGGACUCGCCUGGUGGUCCCAUUCCUAUGCCUGGUACGGAGGCAGCGGGCGAGGUGAAGACGGAUGCGUGA